AUGUCUCGUCGUCGUCGGUCACGGGCAACCGGAUCCUCGUCCGCCGAUUCCACCACCACCAUGGCAAUCAGCAUUGAAGAUCACCAACUCCCAUACGACACACACAACCUGUACGAUGUCAACUUCUACGAUGACAAGAUCCACACUUUAGUCACCCACACCCCUUCCUUUGUCAACACAUGGGUAGCCGACGCCCAACAAAAUCUCCACCAAAACAGCAACCCUAUUGAUCAUCCCCUUCUAGUCGGCCUAGACAUCGAGUGGAGACCCAACAGGAUGCGUCACAUCGAAAACCCAGUUGCCACAAUCCAACUUUCCACCGGCAAAGACUGUUUGAUCUUUCAACCUCUGCAUUGUCCCACAGGUAUCCCGCAAUCCCUUUAUGAUUUUUUGAGCAACAAGACUUAUACUUUUGUUGGGGUUGGUAUUGGGAGCGAUGUGGAGAAGUUAGUGGAAGAUUAUGAGUUGAGUGUGGGGAAUGCUGUGGAUUUAAGGGGUUUGGUUGCUGAGAAAUUUGGGGCUGUAGAUUGGAAGAAUGCUGGGCUAAAAAGGUUGGUGAAGGAGGUUUUGGGGAGAGAAUUUGAGAAGCGGAAGAGGGUUACUUUGAGUAGGUGGGACAAUGAGUGGCUUACUGCCGCUCAAGUUCAAUAUGCUUGUCUUGAUGCCUUUUUGUCUUACAAGAUUGGGGAGAGUUUGUAUGCUGCUUGA